AGGGCUUUUGUGCAUGCUAAUUGCACCAUUUGUGCGCAAAAGUUCCAACGCGAAGUGUGAACUCUCAACAGAAGGAAACAUGAGACAACUGAAGUGCCCUGGUUUAUGUGCCCUGCUCCUCCUCCACCGCCGCCUCCUCUUCUUUCUCCUUCCUCCUGCCGAGCCCGCUGUUGCAGCUUGUUUGCACUGGGGCUUAUCCGGAGCGGAAAUUCCUUUCCGUUUUUGUGAAUGACAAACUCAUUAACAAUUCAUCAACACAACCUGUUCCAGCCGGCCCGUCCCCACGGCAACAGCCCCUUCCGCAGCGCUCUCAUUGGCUGGCGGGGAGAAUGUAUCCAUUGAGACGCUUGCUGUUUGUAUCCAUUGAGGAGCUGCCUCGAGCUGGGGGUGUGCUCUGGCUCAGUCCUAAGUACUGUGAGCAAAUCGAGUCUGCAAUAAUCCGGGGAGAAAGACACCCGGGUGGAUCUGAGGUGCAGUCUUGAAGGGAGGGAUUAGGAGCCGCUAGACUUUUUUUUUUUCUUCUCCCAUCUCAGUGGCACGGAGUCCGAAUUAAUUGGAUUUCAUUCACUGAGAAGGAGCAUAACUGGGCAGCUUCAUUCAGAGAGAUUCAUUGACUGGAAGAGUGAGCGGCUGCAGCCGGGUGCAGAGGGACUCCUCCGGCUUCACUUCUGUCUCGCUUUCCCCAACUGGUAGCCUCGGCUUGGGAAAGGCGAGGCGGAAUUAAACCCCGCUGCCAGAGCGGCGGCUUCGCGCUGCGCGCCCGGCCUAUGCCUGCCUGGAGGGGCGUCUGGUAGGCAAUCCGCCCUCGCCCGCAGCUCGACCCCCAUGAUAGAUACGCUCAGACCCGUGCCGUUCGCGUCGGAAAUGGCGAUCAGCAAGACGGUGGCGUGGCUCAACGAGCAACUGGAGCUGGGCAACGAGCGGCUGCUGCUGAUGGACUGCCGGCCGCAGGAGCUGUAUGAGUCGUCGCACAUCGAGUCGGCCAUCAACGUGGCCAUCCCGGGUAUCAUGCUGAGGCGCUUGCAAAAGGGUAAUCUGCCGGUGCGCGCGCUCUUCACGCGUGGCGAGGACCGGGACCGCUUUACCAGGCGCUGCGGCACCGACACCGUGGUGCUCUACGACGAGAACAGCAGCGAUUGGAAUGAGAACACGGGUGGCGAGUCGGUGCUUGGGCUGCUGCUUAAGAAGCUGAAGGACGAGGGCUGCCGGGCGUUCUACCUGGAAGGUGGCUUCAAUAAGUUCCAAGCCGAGUUCGCCCUGCACUGCGAGACCAAUCUAGACGGCUCGUGUAGCAGCAGCUCGCCCCCGCUGCCAGUGCUGGGGCUCGGGGGCCUGCGGAUCAGCUCCGACUCUUCCUCCGACGUUGAGUCUGACCUUGACCGAGACCCCAAUAGUGCAACGGACUCAGAUGGCAGCCCGCUAUCCAACAGCCAGCCUUCCUUUCCCGUGGAAAUCUUGCCCUUCUUGUACUUGGGCUGUGCCAAGGACUCUACCAACUUGGACGUGUUGGAGGAGUUCGGCAUCAAGUACAUCUUGAAUGUCACCCCCAAUUUGCCCAAUCUCUUUGAGAACGCAGGAGAGUUCAAAUACAAGCAAAUCCCUAUUUCGGAUCACUGGAGCCAAAACCUGUCCCAGUUUUUCCCUGAGGCUAUUUCUUUCAUAGAUGAAGCCCGGGGCAAAAGCUGUGGUGUCUUGGUGCAUUGCUUGGCUGGCAUCAGCCGCUCAGUCACUGUGACUGUGGCGUACCUUAUGCAGAAGCUCAAUCUGUCCAUGAAUGAUGCUUAUGACAUUGUCAAAAUGAAGAAAUCUAACAUCUCCCCUAACUUCAACUUCAUGGGCCAGUUGUUAGACUUUGAGAGGACGCUGGGACUCAGCAGCCCAUGUGACAACCGGGUUCCAGCACAGCAGCUGUAUUUCACCACUCCCUCCAACCAGAAUGUGUACCAGGUGGACUCCCUGCAAUCCACGUGAAAGGCACCACCUCUCUCCUGGCUGGAAGUAUCCUGUUCCUUCAGCAGUUUCUCUUGGCAGCAUCCGCUGGGCUGCUUUCUUUGUAUAUGGCCCCAGGUGGCAAAAAUGUCACCAGCUGUCUGUAUUAGACAAGGUUACCAAGUGUGGAAUUGGUUAUUACAAAGGGAGAGAUUUGUUCCAUUCUCUUUGGAAGAACAGGACUUGCUGUCUAGAUACAGGCAGUAGGUUUGCUCUGCACACAUGUGUACAGCCUACCCAUGCAGGGACUGGAAUUCAGGACUUCCAGGUAUAUAGGGUAUGACCAAAUGGUAGGGUAAAAGCAUGUGUUCUUUGGGGCCUUGUAUGGCUCUUUCUUUUGCAUCUGAAACUAACUAUAUAUUGUCUUCAGUGAAGACUGAUUCAACUUUGCAUAUAGUGGAGCCAAAGAGAUUUCAGCUCUGUAUUUGUGGUAUCAGUUUGGGGGUGAAAAAAUAAAAAUUUUAAAAACCUGAUAACUCCAUUUGAUUAUUGUAAAUACUUGAUCUUAAAUCACUUGGCAGUGUUUGUUUGGAUUGUUUGGUUUUUUUUUUUUUUUCUUUGAAGGGUUUUAGAGAAAUCCAAAGGAAGAGUUGUAUGUCACAUCUUUAAAAAAAAACAAAAAAAAAAAAGGAAAAUUUUGUUCUUUUCUAAUCCAAAGGGUAUUUUUGCAGCAUGCAUGACUAUUGUACCAAUUCUGAGGACAUUUUCAUGGACACUGUUACACUAAGACUUUGUUACGGUGCAGUCUAAAAGUUUCAUAUAUAUGAAGUCUGAUAAUUGUGAUUUUUUUUCUUUCCUCUUAAUGUAGUUUGACUAUGCCUUACCUUUGUAAAUAUUUUGGCUGAGUUGUCUCAAAGGGGGUAAUCUUGGAAAGAUACCAAAAUAUGGGCUCACUUUUUUUUUAAACUUCAGCUGUGCUAAACAGUUUUUACCUCUGUACAAAAUUCUUCAGGGAGUGUCACUUCAAAUGCAAUACUUUGGGUUGGUUUCUUUCCUUUUUAAAAAGAAAACUGGAAGUGUGUAUGAGAGCAUGGGUACCUAAUAGACAGGUGGAAUGCAUCUGAUUAUGAAGAAGGGAGAGUUGUUCCAUUAUGUUCGUGGUGUAAAGUUUUGAGCUGGAAUUUAUUAUAAGAAUGUAAUACCUUAAAUUAUUAAUAAAUAACUAUUUUGGCUAUU